UGUGAGUUUCCAAACCGCUGGGUUCAGGAAAAAAACUGCGAAGGCGCAAAAAAGUACAUAAAUGUAGCUUGAGAGCGAAAAGGUAGGAGAGUUUACGUUUCGUUUCGUACUCUGGUUAACAUUAGAAAUGUCUUUGACUCUAUUGUUUUAGUUAAUAUCUCUGGAAUAGACCUGUUAGUCAACACUACUCACUGCUACCUGGUAACUUGUUUAUUAUGGCGCGUGCAGCAUGAUGACCCUAACAAUGUAACCUGCAUUGCUGAAUUCAAGGAGCAAAAGGGCAGUUCCACUUACUUCAGCAAUAACAUGUCAAACUGCAUUUCCGAUGUCCUCUAGUGGUGGUUCUCCUGGCCGCUUUGGGCGUGCCCGAAAUGCACCUCACUAUAAAGAUGAACCUCUAGGCUCAUUACAGAAGAGUAAUGGCCUUUCUAGUUUGCAACAUCAGAGAUCAUCGGAUUUGGCUCUGAGCUUAGACCCUCUCCCUCCUCCUCCUCUCCCUGACGAGCCUCCGAUUGGGCCGGAGUCCGACCUUGGCGAUAGUGAAAACGGUGAAAAUCCAUCAGUUGACCUCAAACCUGUCCACCGCUUUAUUCCUGACUCCUGGAAGAACUUUUUUAGUGGAAGCAACAGAAGCAGCAAUAGCUCAGCGCCUGUAUCCAGUAAUUUGAACACCACAACAAAGGGCAUUAGAUGCUCUCCACCUCAUUCGCCUUCAGGCUCAGGGUCAUAUCAUGAUAAGUUCGGAGGCUCUGGAGGCAGCUACCAUUCCCACAAAGAGCGUGAAGCUAUGUUAGGAGAGAAUCCAGACUCGAUGGAUGGUCGCACUGCACAUACCACUGCACACACCACUCUGACUUACAGUGAAAGAGUUGAGGAUUACCACCAGCGUUAUGCCUACAUGAAGUCCUGGUCAGGGCUGCUAAGAAUUCUUGGUUGCAUCGAGUUGCUUUUAGGGGCAGCUGUUUUUGCCUGUGUCUGUGCAUACAUUCACAAAGACAAUGAGUGGUACAAUAUGUUUGGUUACUCGCAGCCCCAAAUGUACGGCGGAUAUGGAGGUGCGUAUGGCAUGUAUGGAGACACUUAUUACACAGGGCCCAAGACACCUUUUGUCCUUGUUGUGGCCGGCCUGGCAUGGAUAGUGACCGUGAUCAUACUGGUGAUGGGCUUGACCAUGUACUACCGUGCAAUCCUUUUAGAUUCAAACUGGUGGCCUCUUACAGAAUUUGCGAUCAACCUGGUGCUUGCUAUACUUUACAUGGCUGCUGGUAUUGUGUAUGUAAGGGACACGACGCGAGGCGGACUUUGCUAUUACCCUGUUUUCAACAAUGGCAUUAACGCGGCUUUCUGCCGCGUUGAAGCUGGGCAAACGGCAGCUAUCAUUUUUCUCUUUGUGGCCAUGCUGGUGUACCUGAUAGGAGCCAUUGUGUGCCUGAAACUAUGGAGACACGAAGCCGCACGGCGCUACAAAGAGAAGUACGGCCAUGAGAUGCAGACAGAUUUCCCUGUGACUCAGUCUAUGGUAAGACCGAGGAUCUCUGAGCCUGUCCUAAUCUCCUCUACUGCACCUGUUCAGACAGACGCUUCUGCACCUUCCAAGGCAAAAGUGGUUAAAGGACAUAUACCACCUGGACACAUUCCCAAACCUGUGAUUGUUCCUGACUACUUAUCUAAAUACCCAGCAAUUCACACUGACGAAGAGCGGGACCAGUACAAAGCUGUCUUUAAUGACCAGUACUCUGAGUAUAAAGAGCUGCACACAGAGGUUCAUGCAACACUGAAAAAGUUUGAUGAGUUGGAUAUCAUGAUGCGCAACCUGCCUCGAAACCUGUCCAGUCAGGAGGAAUACGACCGCACAAACCGAAUCCUUCAGGCAUAUCAGCAAAAGAAAAAUGAUCCUUCAUUUCUUGAGAAAAAGGAACGAUGCGAAUACCUCAAAAACAAACUCUCUCACAUCAAGCAUCGCAUUCAAGAAUACGAUAAGGUCAUGACAUGGAAUGAUGCAAUGUCUUUCCAUCCGAAUGGGAGUCCACCUCCCUAUGAGUCCGAACAUGAAUAUGACAUUGUACCACAACCUGCACACUCCUAUUAUGCGGAUGAUGAGAUCCAACACUUCCAUCGGUGGAACUCGCCACCAGGUAUCAUCAAAAUCAUGUCGGUCAUCUGCAUCUUCCUGGCUGUCGGGGUUUUUGCAUGUGUGGCGUCCACUUUAGCCUGGGACACCUCUGGAAGUGUGACAGGAUUUUCAGGCGCCUACGGUGGAGGUGGAGGCGGAGGCUAUGGUGGAGGCUACGGUGGAGGCUACGCUGGAAACUACGGUGGCACUUCCUUCGGUGGAGGUUUUGGGGGUGGACAAUUUGCCUAUGGCAUUUUGGGCUCACAAAACGAUCCGAGACAAGCAAAGGCAUUUAUGAUUACAAUGGCCAUCAUUACCUUUCUAAGUGUGAUGGCCAUCUUUAUCAUGCUCGUCUCCCAUCAGCACUUUGCACAAAGCCGGAAGUUCUUUCUGAUUGUCAUCAUUGUUACAGCCAUCCUGGCUCUGUUCAUGCUUGUGGCCACAAUAGUUUACUUGGUUGCAGUAAACCCCAUGGCACAAGCAUCAGGCUCUGUGCAGUAUUACCAGGUUCAGUCCCUGUGUGCCCAGUACCAGGGUUAUCAGCCUACAGAGCUAAUGGUCAACCAGUACCUGUAUCAUUACUGUGUGGUGGAUCCACAGGAGGCAGUCGCCAUUGUCUUUGGCUUCCUGAUCCUCGCUUGCCUUAUUAUCAUCAUGGUUUUUGCCAUUAAGACCCGCCAGAAGAUUAACGUUUUCGGGAAACAGAAUAUCCUAUGGCACAAGGAGAAACCAGUUGAAGAGCUUAACCCACCUCAAGAUGUAGAGGAUUGGGUAAAUAAUGUUAACGGUGAUGUAGACCUAGUAAAUAGUGAUUUUCCUCAGAAGUUUAGAGGUUCAAUGGAAUACCUGGAUGACAACAGUACAAGCUAUGACAAACCUCCUGUCAGUGAAAGCCUUGUUGGUGUGGAGCACAAUAUUCCAGUUCAGAAUUCAGUUCCUUACUACAGCAGUUCAGAAGUGGGCAGCUCGGCAAGCAGGCCUAAGAAAAAGCGUGCAGGACGCCCCCGUCAUACUGACGGUAAAGACUACGAAACGGACUACGGAUCUUCUGGAGACGAACUUGAUGAUCAUGAUUUCUCCAAUGAAUUCCCCCCCAUUGCUGAUGACCAUGAAAGGGAGAAUUAUAAGCACAUAUUUGACCAAGAUCACCAAGAGUACAAGAGUCUGCAGGCCGAGCUGGAUGAAAUUAACAAGCGGCUUGCCGAGGUCGACCGCGAGCUUGACGAGCAUCAGGAAGGAUCUCCGCAGUACCAGGAGGCCAUGGACGAAUACAAUGCACUGAAGGACAAAAAGCGGAGCGUUGAUUACCGGAGGAAGAAGAAGAAAUGCAAGGACCUGAAGGCGAAGCUGAGCCACAUCAAGCGGAUGGUCAGUGAUUACAACAGUAGAAGGUAAAAGAGACUCUGAAGAAUCAGGCCAGACUCCGUCUGCUGUCUGGCAUCUACACAUGAAGUAUGGGAGACGAUCGCUCUUACUAGAUAGCACGAAAUUCAAGAGGAUUUUCUAUAAGCUUUUUUUUUUUUUUUUUUUUUUUAAACCUGAAUUCUAUGAUAAACUCAGCUGUCUAAUGAUUUUUAGCUCUUCUUUGUUUGUAGUGGUGAAGAAUUUUAAAGAGCCAUGUAUCACCUUUUUUUACCUGGUCACGUAAGCUGUACCAACUUCCUCUGUUAAGUUAUUUAUACAUUAUUCUGUCUGUUUUAUUUUUUUCUUUUUUCCUUUGGGUGAAAAUGGCCACAACGGCUUUGUGUUGUUAUGGGACUGUAAGUGUUGUAACUUCAUAUCAUUACAUGUAAAAUGUUUAUCUGUAAAUAUACAAUUGAUCAGUUUACUGAUUUUACUUUUUUUUUUAGAUAAAUAAACACUCUGUAAACAAAUUGGAUUUUACAGAAUUUUUACAUUGAAAAAAUAAAUGUUUUCUUCAACAUUUUUUGCAGAAA